AUGCGCAACUGGGAGGGCCUCAGCAAGCUCGAGGUGCUCCGCGAGGCGCGGCUCUUCGCGGCGUCCAUAGGCGCGCUGGACGCCGAGGGCCGGCCCCCGGAGAUCACCCGGGAGAAUGCGGUCAAGAUGGGCGUCGCGGAGAUCGACGACCCCUGCGUCCACAGCCGGGAGGGCGUCGCCUCUGCUUUCCUGCGCCGGCGCACAGCCUCGCUUGGCCUGCGCAUGCGGUUCGGCAGGCACGGCAGCUCGCUCCGAGGUCCGAUGUGGAUGCAGACUUCCAUGCAGGGGGGCGGCCACGCGAUGGCGUCCUUCUCCAUGUCCGCGGGGGCGACGGAGCCUUCGCCCCCGCCGCUGCGCGCGAGGCGAGCCGCCGGUGCUCGCGAGGACGCCGCUGCGCAGGGCGGGGCUGUCGUCCAAGUCGGCCGCCUUCGUGCCCGGCAGCACCGGCGGUCAGCUGGCGACCUCGGCGCCGCUGUUCGUGCCCAGGAGACCCAGGGCUGCGAGACUGUAGUUGUGCUCGCCCCCGGCGGCUUCGAGGCGGCCGGCUGGCAGCAGGCUGCCCAGGCGUGC